AUGAUUCAAACGCUUUUUAGGUAUUUUUUUUAAAAAUAAAAUAAACAUUUUUUUAUUUUUUUAAAAAAAAAUCCUAUUAAUUAUUUUUUUUAGAAUAUUUUUCUCAUACCUCAGAGCAUACACAAAUGGUGCUGAGACUCAUCAAAUCUAGCCCUGUAGUGAUGUUUUCGAAAACGUCAUGUCCUUAUUGUAUGGAGGCAAAGGCUACACUGAAAGUUAUGCAAGUUCAGCCUAAAGUUAUUGAGGUCGAUAAAGAAAAAGAAGGAGACUCAAUGAAAAGCGCUUUAAAAGAGCUGACAAUGCAAAAUACAGUCCCAAAUAUUUUUAUUGGAGGAUUUCAUAUAGGAGGCUAUGACGAUUUAAGUGAAGGUUUGGCAUCUGGAGCUGUACAAGAAAGGCUGAAAGAAAGCAACGUAGAAUUUAAGGACAUAAAAUAA